AUGAGCUUGAAAUUCGCCUUAUGCCUGUGCCUGGCACUCUGGUGUGGCAUUGCCGUUGCCAUCGAAGGGGAACCAGCCAAGACAAGACAUGAUGAUUACGAUGACAUCGAUGACAUCGAAGAAGAGAGCAAUACCAUUGCACUCGCUUCGGCAAUUGAAACUGGUGAAGAAGAGGCGCUGCUGGAAACCGAGACUGCAACUCUGCAAGGUUCAUUGCCAUACUAUUUAAACAAUCCAUUUAUCGGUUAUCCGCCCUACUUCUAUCCUGGCUAUCCACGACCUGGAUCACAUGGACAUCAUCACGGUUAUCGCCCCUAUUCUGGCUGGCCUUAUCCCGGUUACUAUUCUCCUGGCUAUCCUGGCUACUCUGUUUAUCCUGGCUAUCCUGGUUACCAGUACCCUGGUUAUCCCAACUAUGGAUAUCCUUAUCCCAAUCUUGGCUAUCCCUUCCGCGGCAGGGAGUCAACUGAAGAUGCGACAAAGAUCUGCUCAAAGACUAUACUAGGCCUAGGAAGAAUUUGCACUACGAAAUGA